GAACAGCGAACGAUGCCAGCAAUCUAAUAAAUGGCAAGAUCUUAACACUGAGGGGUAUCUCAGUCAUUAAAAAAGUUUCACCAACCAAACAAUUUGGUUUGGCAAACCGGUAGCUAAUGUCAACCACAACAACAACCGGAGCUGAGUUCGUUCGAAACUCUCUGUAUUCGCGAAUAUUCCUAUGCAGCCGAGACCAGGAUUGUAAUCCGACAAUCUCAAGUUCUUCAACUUACCACCACUCGUAUUCUCCUCUUCUUACAUCUUUUUAAGCUGCAAUUCGCAGUUUGUUCAGGAAUGUAAUCAGUUGAUUUGAUAAUGCAGAUUGUUGGCUGAUGUGAAUUUUACUGUAUUUAGUAUUGUAUUCUAAUUUAUGAAGAAAGAGGGUUGUUUUCAUUCACCUGGCUUUUCAUGUCUGGUCUGGUGAAUUCGUAAAGGCUAUAAAUUUGAUCAGCUGCAAGCUUCCAUUAUGGGAUCAGCUAAUGCAUUAAGUAGACAGGGGAAUCUUCCCAUCUUGUCUUUUGGCAUAAUCUCUGAUGUUCAGCAUGCUGAUAUUCCUGAUGGCCGCUCUUUUAUUGGCGUUCCACGGUAUUAUCGCCAUAGUAUUCUUAUAUUACAGAGAGCAGUGCAGAGAUGGAACGAGGGCAAGAAGCAUAAAUUUGUCAUCAAUUUUGGGGAUAUUGUUGAUGGUUUUUGCCCAAAAGACCAAUCUUUAAGUACAGUAAAAAAAGUUGUUGAAGAAUUUGAAAAAUUUGAUGGCCCGGUCUAUCAUAUGAUUGGUAAUCACUGCCUCUACAAUCUUCCUCGUGACAAUUUACUUCCAAUGUUGAAGAUUCCAAGUGAGGACGGUUGUGCUUACUACGAUUUUUCUCCAACGCCCGAGUUCAGAUUUGUUGUCUUGGAUGGCUAUGACAUAAGCGCAAUUGGUUGGCCUCAAGAUCAUCCCAAAAGAUUGGAGGCUGUGAAAUUCCUCCAGGAGAAGAAUCCAAAUUCAGAAAAGAAUAGCCCUGAGGGACUGGUUGGCCUUGAGAGAAGGUUCCUCAUGUUUAAUGGAGCUGUAGGGAAAGAGCAACUGAAAUGGUUAGAUGGCAUCCUUCAGGAAGCAACAAACAUGAGGCAAAAAGUAGUGAUCUGUUGCCAUCUGCCUUUAGAUCCCGGCUCAACUUCUCGUGAAGCACUUCUUUGGAACUUCGACGAAGUAAUGGAUGUGAUACACAAGUACAAUUGUGUAAAGGUUUGCAUUGCUGGUCAUGAUCACAAAGGUGGGCAUUCGAUUGACACUCACGGAAUACACCAUAGAGUUCUUGAAGCUGCCCUUGAGUGCCCUCCAGGAACAGAUGCCUUUGGAUAUAUGGAUCUUUAUAAUGAUAAACUAUCACUUAUUGGUACUGAUCGUAUGGAAAGUACUGAAAUGUGUUUCAAUCCUUAAGCAGACAAUUGAUAAAAGCUUGGAAGACUAAGGAAGUUUCUUUAUGUCUAUAUUCAAAGAACUCCAACAUUUUAGGAUUCAAAAGCUGCAUACUUUAACGGUAACAUACCAUGAUUAUCCAGCUAUUUCUUUUCUCUAGAGUCCACUCUUGUGAAGAAAGUGACUUUGUCCUCGAGUGUUGGAUAAAAACCAAAUCACUUUUCCCAGGCCUUUUACUUCAUUAUGAGAUACUGUCAUGUAUAAACUUUUCUUUCUCAAUUAUCCAAGUCUUAGAGAAGUUUUUGGACUUGGGAUGUUUGCAUCAAAGAAAGUUUAUUUUUGUUUGGCUUUCCUCUCCCACAAUUUUACGGAAGAAAUAAAGGGACUAGAUGUAAAGUUUGAUUACAUGUUUUUAUAUCUUUAAUUCAUGAUUUUCCAAUCUCCAA